GGCUGAAGAUGACCACGGCGAGCUUGGUGCCUUGGGAGGGGGCUAGACUCAGCGCUGUUGAGCCUAGGGACCUACCUAAGUUCACUAAGUUCAUCGUGUGGAUUCCGGGUCAUCCUGAUGAACCGGAAACCAUCAUGCGCCGUCUGGAAAACCAGAACGGGGAAUUGAGGACGGGGGCCUGGAGGCUAAUCAACCGCAAGGUUGAGGUGAAGGGCCAGACCCUAGUCCUCUCAGUAGAUGAGAUGAGUGUGAAGGUACUUCAGAAGGAGGGCUUCAGACCAUUUCUGAACUUCACCAGGGUCCUUUUUAGGAACCUGGAGAAGGGCAGGGUAGAUUUGGGACCUUCUGAUGAAGAUCAGGAGGGACCAAAAUCUGUAUUAUCUGGUCAAAUUCCAGGUAAUACAAGCGAACAUUCAGCACAGUAGAGCGGCAUCUGCUGCUCUCUGUGCCAGUGUGGCGCGCGUAAAUGCGGAUUUAGCUUUGAUCCAGGAGCCUUGGGUACAUGGAUCCCGGAUCAGAGGAUUGCAGGGUUCUGCACGGAUGACCUGGUGGCGGCCGAAGUGACUUAUGUAUCGGAGGGAACGCAGAGACAACUGGUAGUUUGCUCAGCG